AACAUGCUGUAUUUUGUGUUACCACCUCUUUUUCAAUAAUCCUUUCACUUCAACUGCAGAAUACUGUUCCUGCCUCGUGGCAGUUCAUUUUCUAGUAAAUGAGAUUUUAUUGUGUAUCAUUAAGUUUAUGUAAACUUCAGAAACUCCUUUUUAGUGAUACAAAAAUACUGUAUAAACCUUGCAUCACUUCGAGAUCGUUUUGCAUCAGUGUUUUUCUAAGUAAGAAACAUCAGUGGGGCUCCACCAAAAAACAUCGAGACAUAAAGUUAAAAUCAUAUUUUGAGUCAAUGGCUGAUCCACAGAUGGAAGAAGUUCUAGCACCAUUGAGAGCCAGUGUAAAAGAACAGGGGGACUUGGUGCGUAAAUUAAAAGCUGAAGGGGCUCCAGUUUUAGAUGUUAAAAAGGCUGUUACUGAAUUAAAUGCUAGAAAAAAAUUACUUGAAGACAAGGAAUUGAGUCUAGCACCAAAUGUAACUUUUGAUCGGGCUAGAAUGGAAGAUUUAUUAAAAAGAAGGUUUUUCUAUGAUCAAUCAUUUGCCAUUUAUGGAGGUAUUACAGGGCAGUUUGAUUUUGGUCCCAUGGGAUGUGCAUUCAAGGCCAAUUUGUUGCAAGCUUGGAGACAAUUUUUUAUAUUAGAAGAACAAAUGUUGGAAGUAGAUUGUUCAAUUCUUACUCCAGAACCAGUAUUAAAAGCAUCUGGACACGUUGAUAGGUUUGCAGAUCUUAUGGUAAAAGAUAUCAACACUGGAGAGUGUUUUAGAUUAGAUCAUUUAAUCAAAGCUCAUUUAGAAAAGAUUGUUGCCGACAAAAAGACAACAGAUGAUAUUAAGGCAGAUUGCAAAGAUAUAAUAGUUAAACUUGAUGGUAUGAAUAAGGAAGAAAUGGCUGGUGUCAUGCAGAAGUAUAAAAUGAAGAGUCCUUUGACAGGAAAUGAUCUGACGGAGCCCAUUGAGUUUAAUUUAAUGUUUGGAACUCAAAUUGGGCCCUCAGGACUUAUUAAAGGGUUUCUUAGACCCGAGACUGCGCAAGGUAUUUUUGUCAAUUUCAAGCGACUCCUGGAAUUUAACCAGGGUCGUCUACCGUUUGCUGCGGCGCAGAUUGGGAAUGCUUUCCGUAACGAAAUUUCACCAAGAUCCGGCUUAAUUCGAGUUCGAGAAUUUACGAUGGCUGAAAUAGAACAUUUUUGUGAUCCAGUUGACAAACAGCAUCCCAAAUUUGACAACGUUAGAAGUACCGAGCUACUUCUUUAUUCUGCUUGCAACCAAAUGGAUGGAAAACCAGCUGAAAAAUUGUCUAUAGGGGAUGCCGUUGACAAAGGUUUAGUUGCAAACGCUACACUAGGCUACUUUAUGGCUCGUAUUAAUCAGUUCUUAAUUAAAUGUGGUGUAGAUCAAAAAAGAUUGAGAUUUAGACAGCACAUGGCCAAUGAAAUGGCUCAUUAUGCCCAAGAUUGCUGGGAUGCAGAAUGCCUCACUAGUUACGGGUGGAUUGAGUGUGUUGGUUGUGCUGAUAGAUCAGCAUUUGACUUGACUCAACACACUCAGGCUACUGGUAUUCGUCUAGCUGCAGAGAAGAAAUUAGCAGAGGCCAAAACUGUAGACGUUAUUGAAGCUGUUCCUAAUAAAGGUGUUUUGGGUAAGACGUUUAAGAAUGAUGCUAAAAUUAUUACAGAAGCUUUAACCAAAUUGUCACCAAAUGAAGUAGAAACGCUUGAAAAAGACCUUGAAAAUAAUGGUUCAUAUGAACUGGUCAUAGAUGAUAAAAAGUUUACGUUGACCAAAGACAUGGUGACUGGAAAACGAUAUCAAAAAACCCUUCAUGUGGAGGAAAUAAUUCCCAGUGUGAUCGAACCUUCGUUUGGUAUCGGAAGAAUAAUGUAUGCAAUAUUUGAACAUAAUUUUAAAAUGCGUGAAAAUGACGAACAACGUACUUAUUUGUCAUUGCCUGCCUCCAUUGCCCCAUUAAAAUGUUCUGUACUUCCUUUAAGUUCCAAUACAGAGUUUACACCAUUUGUAAAAACAUUAUCUGUUGCCUUAACCAAGGUUGACGUAUCGCAUAAAGUAGAUGACAGUUCAGGUUCUAUAGGAAGGCGAUAUGCUCGAACUGAUGAAAUAGCAAUACCAUACGGUAUUACAAUUGAUUUUGACACUUUAAAGGAACCUCACAGCGUAACUUUAAGGGAAAGAGAUUCCAUGGGGCAAGUUAGAAUACCUCUUAAUGAAAUUGCUGGAGUGGUUCACAACUUGUCCUAUAGUAAACAAACUUGGAAUGAUGUCGAAAACAAGUAUCCUAAGUUUGAACAACAGGAAAGUAAAGGAGUUUAGAUUUAUUCACUGCAAAAGUCUAUUUAUUAAAAAGCAAACCACAAGAUUUUAAUAAAGUCUAAAAACCA